AUGGCGUCGCACACCCUCACCGACGCUCGGCACGCGCUCAGCAUCAUGAGCGAGCUCAACGCCCUGGCUGUCUCGCACGCUGCUGGCGGGCGUUCGGAGCGGAAUGAGUUCCUGCUGCUCCACGCGUUCCACCAACGCAACUUCAUCUGCCCCGACAAGACGUACAGCCGCAGGAACAGCGCGGCCGCCGAGGACGAAGAUGAAGAUGGCGAGCGGGGGAGGGGGAAGCGCAAGGCGGCCUACGCUGGAGGCCUCGUCCUGGAGCCCAAAGUCGGAUUUUACGACAAAUUCAUUCUCCUGCUGGAUUUCAACAGCCUGUACCCGUCCAUCAUCCAGGAGUACAACAUCUGCUUCACCACCGUGUGUCAACACACACCGCCCGGGCAGGGUGCCGACUGGAUACCGGAUUUGCCCGACUCGGGCCUGGAGCUGGGCGUGUUGCCCACGGAGAUCCGCAAACUGGUGGAGCGACGCAAGCAGGUCAAGGGUCUCAUGAAGCAAGCUGACCUCAACCCUGACCUCUACACGCAGUACGACAUCCGUCAGAAGGCGUUGAAGCUGACUGCCAACAGCAUGUACGGCUGCCUGGGAUUCUCGCUGUCGCGCUUCUACGCCAAGCCGCUGGCCGCACUAGUCACCCUCAAGGGACGCGAGAUCCUGCUGCACACGAAGGAGCUGGUGCAGAAGAUGAACCUGGAGGUGAUCUACGGAGACACGGACUCCAUCAUGAUCAACACCAACAGCCGGGACUUGGACGAGGUCUACCGGCUGGGGUCAAAGGUGAAGGCGGAGGUGAACCGCUCGUACCGCCUGCUGGAGAUCGACGUUGACGGCGUCUACCGCUCCAUGCUGCUGCUCAAGAAGAAGAAGUACGCGGCGCUGAGCGUCGAGCGGCAGCCCGACGGCUCCUACACACGCGGCAGGAGCUCAAGGGCCUGGACAUCGUGCGGCGCGACUGGUGCGGCCUUGCCAAGGCCUGCGGCAAGUGGUGGCGGGUGUGGGAGGGUUGGCGUGGAGGAGCCGUGCAGCCUGGAGGGAACACAUUUCUGCGUCGUCCUGUGCAACGACGGCGAUGUCCAGGUCGUCCGCCAGCAGGAGGAUCUUUUCCGUUACCAUCGCGCCACGCCUUCGUCGUCCAUUCGUGGGAAGGCCGUCUUUGCCAGUGCCAGGAGACUCGUACGAUACGCCAGGGGCGACUCCUUUGCACCCCGCUGGCGAUCAUAA